CUCAUAGCUAAUAGAGUAAGCUAACAAUGGCAGGCACUAAGCUUGCAGCUCUUGGUUUUAUUGUCCUGUUGAGUAUAGGACUAGCUAGUGCCGCCAGAGUACAAAGAUACUCUGCUUCCCAAGGUUCUGGCACUGGAGGUGGAGAAGGGGGAGGAUAUGUAAAUGGUGGUGGAGCUGGGGCUGGAACUGGGAGUGGAUCAGGAAGUAGUGGUUAUAAUGGUGCCCAUGCAAGUGGUGGAGGAGGUGGCGGAGGUGGUGGUUACAGCCAAUAUGGUGGUUCAGGAGAAGGCAGUGGGUAUGGCACGGGCUCAGGUUCUAGCCAGACUGCCCAAAAUGGAUAUUAUGGUUAUGGUGGGUCAUCUAGUGCCGACGGUAGCGGUGCUGGUGGUGGUGAUGGACAAGCCGGUGGUUACUGGCCAUCCAACGGUCAUGGGUCCGGUAGCGGUACGGGCUCAGGAUCUAGUGAGGCUAAUAAUUACUACUACGGACAAUAUGCUAAUGCAAAUGCUGGUGGCCAUGGUGGAGGUAAUGGUCAAGGCCAAUAUGGUGGUAGCGGACGUGGUGCAGGUGUUGGCAGUGGAUUUGGUGAUGCUAAUCCUUAAUUUCCUUCGUAAAGGAAACCGUAGAAAUGAAGCCCAAUGCAUGUUUUGUAUCAUGCCUACAAAGUAGAAUUUGUUCUCAUAUGUUUGUACUUGUUUUAUGUGUUAUGCAACAAGAAAUAAAGGGCUUCAUUUAUUCAGU